AUGGGGUUGAUUAAAAGAGUGAAUGCAUGGUCCAAUGAUAGGAUUCUGGAUUAUCUAUCAGUGAACCCUACAAGAGAUGAGAUUACACAUUAUAAAGUUGAUCCAUUCAAUGAAUCCGAUGAUUCAAUUGUUAAACUUCAUACGAUGAAGAAUUUUGCGAACAUUACCUGUCUAGAUUAUUCUGAUUCUACCCCAGGUAUGGUUGGUGUAGGUGAAAAAGAUGGGUUUGCAAAGAUCGUUAAUGUAUUAACGAAUGAUACAGAGCUCUCGGUAAGGGCCAAAUACCGUCGUUGUGUUAAUACGAUAUCAAUGAGUAAUUCUGGACUAAUAGCGAUGGGUCUUGAUAGACACAAACAGGAUUCAUCAUUAAAGAUUUGGGAUGCUAAUUAUCAACAAGCAGGGGAGCAGAUUGUUAAUACAACCUUUGAGUAUUGUGUGAAUGAAUCAAUCGUCUCUUCAAGAUUUUUAAGUGAAAUAUCUUUAAUUGCAUCAAGUACCAAAUUUCUUAAAGAGAUAGAUUUAAGAACAAAGAACCCUGUAUAUCAACAUCCUACUCGUUUAUCGUAUGACAUUAAAUUGAACCCAUUUAAUGAUUGGUUGUUCAGUACAUAUGGUGAUGAUGGGACAUUAUCUAUAUGGGACAGAAGGAAGUUAACUAGAGGUGUAAUCCCCGGGGAUCUAAGUUUGGCAUCCCCUUUAUUAACAUUCGAGAAACUGGUUGGAUCAGGUGCAGCUUCAAGAAAAUAUAUGAAUUCCUGCUUCAGAUGGUCGUCCAUACAGAACGGAGAAUUUGCAACAUUGCACAGAGGUGAUACUAUCAAGAGAUGGAUGCUAGGUUCGUGCCAGGAUGUGGACGAAGAAACUGGAAUGGAAUCACAAGAAUUAUUCGUUUCGAAAGUUCAUGAUAUACAAACGACUUAUGAUAGAGUCGCAACGUUUGAUUAUAUUCCAAAAGGACAACAUAGGGUGAGUAUUAUCUGUAUGCGUCAUUCUGGUACAGUUUAUAGAAUGCCAGUUACACCUUCUUAUUCCACAACUGUGUUUAAUUUUGAUAACUCUCUAUUGUUAUCAAAUGCGGAGACACCAGAGAUUGAUGAAUUCCAAGUAGUUCAAACUGAUUCAAACUCUACACUAGAAAAUGUGAAGACCGAUUUAAGGAAUCUCUCAUUUGAAGAUUUGGGAUUAGGUGAUGAUUAUGUGCCACUGAAUGAGGAUGAUAAAUUUUCAACACCUACAGAUGGUGGAUUAUUACCGGGAGAGGACAGACAAGAAUUAAAUCCGACUAUGAGAAACCGUAAUAAUUCAGCUUCCAAUGAUGAAGUUGAAACUAAUUAUGAUGCUGACGAGGAUCCUAAUAAUCUUUUGGAGGAAGGUGAAGAUUCUGCAUUAUAUUGGAAAGCAGAUAGGUUAUUACAAAAGGAUAUUACUGUCAUUAUGAAAAUGAGAGCAAAGUUAGGUUAUGGGUUAGAUCCGAUGUCUACCGUGGAAAUGAUAGAUAAGUCUAAAGCAUUACAAAAUAAUGCGUAUAUUAGAAAUACUUGGAGGUGGAUUGCCAUUGCGAAGGCAUCUGUAGAAGAUGGUACUAUUGUUUCUGAUGAUUUAGAUUUAGGUUAUGAAGGUAUUCUUGGUAUUUGGAAUGGUGUCACUGGAAUAGCAAAUCAAAACAGAUACACCAACGAUUCUACGUUGUCUGAAAAACAAUUAAUUAGAGAAAUGGAAAAAAUUAUCAAAUUAAGGAAAAAAUACAAAACAAGUUUAGGCCAUAAGAGCCCCGUUUCAAAUUUUUCAAACUCACAAAAACAUAUUCAAAGAAGAUUAUGUCUCAUUAUAUCAGGCUGGGACUUAUCACCAUCUGAUUACGAGGAUAAAUAUAAUUUAAUUAUUGGUAAUGGUCAUUAUGAAAAAGCAGCAGCCUGGGCUGUUUUCUUUGGAGAUAUCCCUAAAGCUGUUGAGAUUCUUGGAUCAGCCAACAAUGAAAGAUUACAGCUGAUAGCUACAGCAAUUGCCGGGUAUCUUGCAUACAAGGAUCAACCUGGUAACAAUGCUUGGAGAGCUCAAUGCAGGAAAAUGUCAUCAGAACUGGAAGACCCUUACUUAAGAGUAAUUUUUGCCUUCAUUGCUGAUAACGAUUGGUGGGAUAUUCUAUACGAACCAGCAAUCUCAUUACGUGAACGUCUAGGUGUCGCAUUAAGAUUCCUAAGCGAUGUAGACCUUACGAGAUUUUUAGAGAGAACCUCUACUCAAGUUAUCUCCAAUGGUGAAUUAGAGGGUCUUAUCCUAACUGGUAUCACUCCGACGGGUAUCGAUUUGCUUCAAUCAUACGUCAAUAAGACAAGUGAUGUCCAGACUGCUGCAUUAAUAUCUAUAUGUGGGUCUCCUAGAUAUUUUAAUGAUAUACGAGUAGAUGCAUGGGUAGAAAGUUACAAACGAAUGUUAAAUGCAUGGGAGUUGUUCCCUAUGAGAGCAAAAUUUGAUGUAUUGAGAACAAACCUGUCAUGUACAAGCUCUGGUACGAUUACCACCAAACCAAAACCUAGACAAUUAUACAUACAAUGUCCAAGCUGUAAGAUGAAUAUCAAUACACCAAAUAAUACUGAAUCUGGAAAUAUUUUAAACGAUGCAGCCUCAACAAACUCUAACCCCAAAUUACCUGUGCAAAAUAUCUUCUCUGGUACAGGGAAAUAUGCCAACCCGAAGAAAGUACAGCACAAACAUUCAUGUCCACAUUGUGGUACACCAUACCCAAGAUGUGCUAUAUGCCUGAUGCCUCUAGGAACAUCAAACUUACCAUUUAUUAUUAAUGGUAUCUCCCAUGACGAUGAAGAAGACGAGCAAGAAAAUGAACAGCUACAAUUUCAAGAUGAAGAUGGAAUGGAAAUGAAACAUUCAACAUCAUCUCUUGGAUACAACAGACGGAAAAGGAGACUUCAUGAAUGGUUCAGUUUCUGUCUAACAUGCAACCAUGGGAUGCAUGCUGGCCAUGCAGACGAAUGGUUUGCAAGACAUAACAUCUGCCCAACACCAGGGUGCAGUUGCAAGUGCAACACGCUCUAG